CGCAGAUGAACCCCUUGACGAACCUCAUUUAAUUUUGUUGACGACGUGAGCAAAUCAUAUCGCACAGGCAUUCGUUGAGCGCGGACAAAGGAAGGAGUGUGUUUUUCAGUAAAAAUGUUGAAACUUAUAUUCGCUGUUGUCUUGGUUGUGCUAGCAGGUCAAGGGACAGAUGCUGCUGACUGUUGUAGUAGUUAUACAGAUGUAGCUGGUAACUAUCAUGAAUCUGUGCUAUGCGCCGACUACUGCUGUGUGAACUUUAAUGUGGCGUAUAAAGAUUGCUGUAGCGACCCAAAUAGACAGAUUCCUGCCUCAAGAAAUGAGAACGAAGCUUGUGUCAAAAGCUGGAUUAGUGAACACAUUUGGGUGCCGAUCGUUGGUGGCAUUGUGAGUCUGGUCAUAUUGAUUGGCAUUUGUACUUGUUGUUGUUGUUGCUGUGGAUGUUGUCGCAGCAGACAAACCCCUGUGAUAAUACACAGUAAUGCCCCACCAUCAACAACAGUUGCCAUGGCCAGUACCAACGUUGCCCACAACCAAUUCCAUGCAGGGUACGAUCAGUAAAUGUCACGACAACAACAACAACAACUUGACCGGAAAUAGUUGCAGCAGGAAAAAGCCUCUAGUUUUAGGUGGACAAAUCGUUUGGACUAAUUAAAGAAAGUUGUUGUUUUUUUAUUUAGAAAACCUUUUUUGACAUGAAAACACCUUUGGAAUUUUUAUUAAAAUUUUAUAAGUAUAGAUGUAUAUUUUGUAUAUAGCAUGUAUUAGGAACAUCAAGGUGAAUAUGCCAUAUCCCUUAUAACUUGCUGUAGUGAGUACAUAAAAUAAAUCCCUUUAAAGAAAUUUUCAGAUGAUGGCUAUUGUCAUAAAUGUCAACAGCGGAGAUUAUACACAUUUAGCAGUAAGUGUUUUACAAGCAUUUAACUUUUUGGCCUAUUUUUAUUUAUUUUUUUUUUUUCAAAAUAUGCAAUUCAUAACAAGGCCUAGGAUUCUUCAGGACUGGCCCUGAUUUCAGGCUUUUGGCGCUGCCAGAAUUACCCUAUUUAACUACAUUGGAAACUAUGAUUUCAGGCUUUAGUAUGUAGGUUUUCAGGCUUCCAGUUUUUGUCUGAAUCCCAGGCCUAAUUUCUCCAUAAAUACAUGUAGCUCAACAAAUAAAACCUGCCAAUUUCUGUUUGGCUUACUUUUAGGAUCAUAAUUGUCCUUUGAAAAAAAUUCAUUUUGUAUAUAAUCAUUUAUGUUCUCAUGUCAUGCAAAAAAUGAUCCAUUUUAUGCACAGCCUAUAGUAUCGUAUGACAGAUCUUUUGUUGUCACUAAAUAAUGUAUGCAAGCUGGUACAUUUGUGGUGCAUCUACCAGGGAAAAGAUCUGUUUUCGUAUCAAUUUUAUUUGUUUACCUGAAAAGAUUGUUGUAUGUCCUGUGUCAAGGUCAUUUGGUGUAUAGACUUGUUUACUAUUGAUCUUUUUAUUUUGUAUGUCACUUGAUUUAUCUAUCAUCUGGUGCACUACGCAAAAAUGUUUCAUUUUAAAUGUAUACAUGGAAUUUCUUCAAUCAUACUUGUUUGUCCAUUCUUUGUGCCUACAUUUUGAAGAAAAAGGAAGAAAAAACACUAGCAUUUAUGUUUCAAACAUUUUUUUGGGGGAAAAAGUUAACUUUGUGAUGACAUUGAGUUGGGGAAUGAGAGUGGCUAGGGUUAGGCUAUUUGCACGAAGAUUGGAAAAACUUUGAGAGUUUUUAUGACAUUUUUUGUAAAAUUUGUAUAAUGAAAACAUUCAUUUGUGUUUUAUAUAUAUUAUGGGAGAACCAUAUUUCUUUCACUUUAACCAAAUUUGUUUUGUUUUUUU